AUGUCGCAGCGCGAAUUAAGUCCUAAGAGUCACGAAGACCAUGAAUCUCACUUCGGAGGUGAUUUGGAGAACGAGUACGAAGACGAAAGCGCCACCGUCGUUCCCGCUGAACCACGUCAUCUCACAUACUCCAGAAAUACGCACACUUUUGCGGACGACGAUAGCAGUACAGUCGCCGGCGACAUACACCACCUGGCAGUCCACGACUCGACGCAUAGGCGUAAACACUCCAAUGACCACAUGCUUUCGCUGCACCUUAGCCAAUGGAACUACAACAACAACCGCGUGGGGCUGAAUCGGGGUAUUCAAAGCUCGGAGGAGUUGAUCUUUUUGCUGAUGGAUGAGAAUGAAAAAAGGCCUAUUUUUGUGCCGGUUGGUCCCGAGGCGAAGAAACUUCACAUCCUGGAACUCGACUUCAAGCUCAGGGGAAACGGUAGAGACAAGGUUGAUCUGGACAAAAACGCCAUUUCCAAGCUUUUCAAAGCUCGUUCUGAAACAACGCUGAAGCAUCUAAAAAACCUCCAGAGGAGGGUAGAUGACAACUCUUCCAAAGUCUUUAUCACGGGUGACCUGAAUGCAGGCAAGUCAACGUUCUGCAACGCCCUUUUAAAGAGAAGAAUUAUGCCUGUGGAUCAGCUUCCCUGCACCAACGUAUUCUGUGAAAUACUUGAAGCUCGCGAAUACACUAAUGUCGAAGAAGUUCAUGCUAUCCCUAUAGACCUUGCUCCAACGGUCAAGGAGGCUACUGAAGUUUAUGACAUACAAAAUAAAUCUACUUACCGGGUCUACCCUAUCAAACAGCUGGAAGAUUUGGUUUACCGUUCAGACCUUUAUUCGCUACUAAAAGUCUAUAUCAAAGAUGACAAAAGGCCUGCAGAGUCAAGCCUCCUUCGAAACGGCACAGUGGAUAUAUCGUUAAUCGACUCGCCUGGUCUUAACAUGGAUUCCAUACAGACUACAGAAGUGAUGUCGCGCCAAGAGGAAAUUGAUAUGGUAAUCUUUGUUGUAAAUUCCGAAAAUCAACUUACGCUUUCAGGCCAGGAAUUCAUUCAAGUUGCAUCCAGAGAGAAGAAGCUGAUGUUUUUUGUUGUCAACAAAUUCGACCAAAUCAGAGACAAAGACCGGUGCAAGAAGUUAAUUUUGGAUCAAAUAAAAAAAAUGUCUCCAGAAACUCACAAGCAGUCUAACGAAUUCGUGCACUUCAUUUCCAGUGGAUCAAAACCUGAGCCAUCUGGCGGAGGAGGCGAACCUGGUGGGGAUGGAGAUGGAGAUGGAGACAAUGGUGAGUUUAACAACGAAGAUCCCGACUUCGAUAGGCUCGAAACCUCUCUGCGCAACUUUGUUUUGAAAAAAAGAUCACUAUCAAAACUCCUUCCAGCAAAGACUUACCUGGUUAAACUUCUUCAGGACAUAGCCACCAUUGCGAAGUGGAACCUAGAUCUUUACGACUCAGAAAACCAAGCUUUGAAAGACGAGCUCAAGGGAAUGAACCCUGAGAUAAAGUCUACCAGUCUACAGUGUCAAAGGCUUACUGACAAUGUGGACAAGAUUGUCGAGUCUUGCGUCGGCGAGAAUUAUGAAUUCACCAAAAGUAAAAUAAACAUGGCUUUAGAGCUGCAACCAGCAGACUUUCCCCCAUAUGAAGGACUACUCAGCGUUUAUGACUAUGUAUUCCGCGCAAGGCAGUUCAUUAUGGACCAGGUCAAAUUAGCUGUGGAUACAAGCGAAUUCAAAGCAAAGGGAGAUACCGAAAAGGCAGUCAAUUCCAUUAACACUCUCGGCAAAACCGAGCUUGGAGAGGAGUUCAUGUCUGACCGCAAGUUCAAUAGUGAUCUUAUGUUCACCAAGAAAAAGCACGUCUCAUUGAAGGCGCUCAGUGUGGCUUUCAGUAUAAAUGAUCUGUUUUCACCUUCCUGGGAAGGCUUUAUAUCCUAUUUGACUUGGGGAGUCUCCAAUGACGCGAUCCAAGAGAACGAUUUAUCUAACUCUCAAGAGAAACACUGGUUAUCCGCUUUAGGACUAGGCAAUUACUCCCCUGCGAAAUACUGGACAAAUCCUUCUCUUCUUUUCACUUCCAGGAUCCCCGCGCUUGCUGUUUACUCUUGGGGCGGUGCUCGGGUCCUGAGCAACAUUGUCUUAUAUGGCUCCAGGUUUUUCACCUGGCAGUCCAUUACAAGGGCAUCAUCCUCCGUGUUGCUGGUUGGAACUGUACUGGGCGCUGCGUAUUUAAUUCAUGAUUUGCCCCGGGCGUUACCCUUGAAUUUGUCCCAAAAAUACAAGUCUAAACUACAAGAGCUAGACUACGCUCACAAGAACGCCAAACGCAUUUCUGGAGAGGCGCGCGAUGUACUUCGUUUUCCGUCACGCGAGAUCAUCAAAUCUUGUGAGUCUGUCUUAGGAAAGAAGCAAGCCGAGAGACGUGAAAUUGAAACCAAACUGCAUGACAACUUAGCAUCGCUCAAAUUUUUUACUAGUUUGUCCCAACGCGCUGCCUCGCAAACGAAAGUAAUCGAACAAAUAGCCCUUGACGUAGACUAG